UGUCCGUUGGUAUGAAUGUGCGAGAGAAUAUUGCGUAGGCCUCGCGAUGGAUUAGCGACCUGUCGUUGGUUGUAUUUCUGCCUCUCGCCCACUGCAUGCUGGGAUAGGCGUCUUCUUAGGGUCACGGUCAGCCCGUUAAAUGGUUUACCACCACUGAUUUCCUAGAAAACACAACGCAGGGAUAAAGAUUACACAAUAAAAUGGAAGCAUUUGUUUCAAGUACGAUGCUAAUGCCAACUUCUUAGCGUCUGCAAGUCUCAUUCGUUCUAUGCAUCUUUGUGUGAGAGCUUCUGAACGCAAGCAGAUUUGACUUUAAAUAAUGUGCAACGAUUCUGCUGAAAGGAUGAAACGGAUAAUACCCCAUUAUGCGUUUAUGGGAGAAGUACCCUACUGUCAACGCACUUUGCACAACUCGAUUGAAAAAGCAACCUAUAUAGUCUAGCCGCUACACUUUGAUCUAAUAAUGGAGUAAUGACAUCAAAUAAAUGUUUUACACUGUGUUACCCUUAGCCAUUGAAAAUAAACAAUGUGUAAGAAUAGAAACUUAAAAACGUAUUUUGUUAAAUAAUUCUAAUUGCUUGUCAAAGUAAAGGACUAAGCCUCUCAAUUAUUUGAUGUAAUGUCCCUAUUGAAUGGCGGCGCCGAGGGCUCAGUAAUGAAUAGGCUACUACUGUACGGCAAGUUAAUUUGACUAUGGCGUAAACAUCAUAAAAUGUGUUAACAAAUUGAAAAUUACUUGCAUCGCGCCCUUUAAUUCUGUUACGUGGAACUUCGGGAUAGGGUAACAUAAAUGCUGUUUUUAUUAUUAGAAAAAACAUUCCUUCGAACAAAUUAUUGGCUAUGCUGUUCCAGAAAUGAAAUACAUCCAAUAACAUUUCCAAUUUUGAAAAAUAAGCAUCGCGCACAUAUCAUAUCACUUCCUGGUCUGAACCUUCAAAAAACCCGAGGGAACUGAACAGUCUUCGUGAGUGACAACUGUGAAUAGCAGAUACAUGCGCGUGCUUUAAAAAUAAUCUGUAAUAUAAAUAGUCUCUCAAAUCUGCGCGUAAAUUGAAUGGUGGACCGAUUUAAGAGAGGCGUAAAAACGCACGGACUCGGUUCCCAUUUGCAGCUAAAUCCCUCCUCUUUUUCGUUUCUUUUUUUCGCCUCUGAGUUUGAGAUGACAGAUUGCCUGACAACAAGAGACAUUUUCAAAGGAUUCCCUGACAGCGGUGGCAGAGCGGCUCUUUUGACGUCAGGAACAAUCAUUACUUUUUCAUCCGGGUCUUCGCUCCCUCUCUCUUAUGGUAUUAUUUGCUUCAAUAAGACAUAACUAGUGGGUUCAGGCGUCUUCUGUGUGCACAUGUAUUAUACGCGCGAUAAUAACUGCGAGGAAGAGGACCCUUUCUUUAUCCAGAUUCAUCUGGAACUGCUUGGUUCUGAGGUGAACAAAUAGUGCGCGCGGUGAAGGGAAAAUCUGUUCAGACUAUCCAAGUCUUUUACAAAUGAAUAUUUAAUGGCUCCGGAAUGGAGAUAGCCCUGGUGAGUUUUGAAAACGGCGGGGCUAAAGGAAGCGGGAGCGUUGCCGGCGAAGCUUGCUCAAACGCACUGAAUCUCACACAGACGGGACACGGCGACGGGUACGGAAUGGAGGCGAACACCCUGGGCAGCCUUCAGACGGCCUCGCUGAAAACAAACGACAUGAACAACACCUUCAGCAGCAGCGAGAACGCAAUGGACGCGCUGUUGCGGGCUGAUCACAGCCCGCAUCUCUUUGACGAGGACAUGCUGGACAUGGACAUGGAUAACGAGAACAACGAGAGGGUUUUGAUCAAUAUCGCUGGCUUGAGGUUCGAGACUCAGCUGGGGACCCUGAAUCAGUUCCCGGAUACUUUGCUGGGCGAUCCCGACAAAAGGAUGAAGUACUUUGACCCUCUCCGAAACGAAUAUUUUUUUGACCGCAACCGACCGAGCUUUGACGGCAUUCUAUAUUUCUAUCAGUCGGGCGGGAAAAUACGGAGACCAGUCAAUGUGUCAAUUGACGUCUUCGCGGACGAGAUCCGGUUCUAUCAGCUCGGAGAGGAAGCUAUGGAAAGAUUUCGAGAGGACGAGGGCUUCAUCAAAGAAGAGGAGAAGCCUUUACCCCAGAAUGAAUUUCAGAAGCAGGUAUGGCUUAUUUUUGAGUACCCAGAGAGCUCGAGUCCCGCUCGAGGAAUCGCCAUUGUGUCUGUCCUGGUUAUCACCAUAUCCAUAAUCACCUUCUGCAUGGAGACGUUACCGGAAUUCCGUGACGAGAGAGAACUGGCCGCCACGAGCAGGGCUGACAACGCCACCCAGCACCGGCCGUCCCACAGCUUCUCCGACCCCUUCUUCAUCAUAGAGACCACCUGCGUGAUCUGGUUCACCUUUGAACUCAUCGUGAGGUUUUUCGCUUGCCCGAGCAAGUCCGAGUUCUCCAAGACGAUCAUGAACAUCAUCGAUAUCAUGGCUAUAGUGCCUUACUUCAUCACGCUGGGUACGGAGCUGGCGGAGCAGCAGGGACAAGGGAACAACAACGGCCAGCAGGCUAUGUCUCUGGCCAUUUUGAGGGUGAUUAGAUUGGUUCGAGUGUUCCGAAUAUUCAAGCUGUCCAGACACUCCAAGGGACUGCAGAUACUAGGACAGACCCUUAAGGCCAGCAUGAGAGAGCUUGGACUUUUAAUCUUCUUUCUGUUCAUCGGGGUCAUCCUCUUCUCCAGCGCCGUGUACUUUGCGGAGGCGGAUGAGCCCGAGUCCCAUUUCUCCAGCAUCCCCGAUGCCUUCUGGUGGGCCGUCGUAACCAUGACAACCGUCGGCUACGGGGACAUGAGGCCGGUGACGGUGGGAGGCAAGAUCGUCGGCUCGCUGUGCGCUAUUGCCGGCGUGCUGACCAUUGCCUUGCCCGUGCCCGUCAUCGUGUCGAACUUCAAUUACUUUUACCACAGAGAGACCGACCAGGAUCAGUCGACGCUCAAAGAGGAGCCCGACAGCGGCAGCGCGAGCCCCUGCGGCGACUUGAAGAGGAGCACGAGUGGGUCCUCUCUGAAGCCCGCGGGGGACGCGGAGAACAACGAGUGUGCUGACAUGCCAGUCGAGAAAACGAACAUCAAAGCGAACAGCAACAUGGACAUCAAACGAUCCCUUUACGCCCUGUGCUUGGAUAUUAGGGAAACAGACCUGUAGUUUAAACCGUGUGCAUUUUGCCAGUAGUGAACAUUUUAAUGCUGUCUUGCAGACAGAUCAUUAGGCUACUGUAGCCAUACCAUUUAAAAUACUCAGAGUUCUCACUUCCCUUUAGUUUCUAUACGGAGGACCAUACGUCACUGCACGUGAACAUUCAUAGCAACGAUGUUAAGCACAAUAUACAAUUCAACAUGGUAUAUAGGCAACUUUAGCAUUUUACUUACCAAAAAAACAAGUAUUUACGAAUAUAUGAAUACCAUUUACAAAUCGCCAACAUAACCUAUUUUUAUAUUUAUUGACAGAAUGACAAUGGGAUUAACUUGAGAAACGUGGUCUCUAUGCGAUGAAAAGUCUCUGUUACCAGAGUUACGCGAUUUUUGUGCUCUUAAGUAGGCUAUAUCACAGGGGGCGUAUAUGAGAGAAGAUAAUAUAAUUGACAUUGGUCGCAUAGGCCUUAAUCAAAACCGAGUAAAAUAUUUUGACUUGUAGGCUAAUAUAUAACAUUAUGUCGUUUCUAAAAAGCCAAAUGUGCAUUUGUAUAUGCACUGUCUAUCGUCGUCUGUUUACUAUAAGUGAAGUUGUUGUAUUAGACCUAUGGGCUAUAGCCUAUGUGCAUCUAAAUAUAUGUACAUAUUUAUUGAAUUGAAUUAUUAAUUUAUUGUAACAUUUAUAGUAAGCGGACUGAGAAAGUAGUGGACGACUCUGCAUAGAUAAAUUAAUUUUAUAUGUAGCAAAAUAUUACCGUUAUUCAGCUGGGUGUGAUUACGUCUCCUUCCCCGGUUUCCUAGGCCAUUUUUUAAUAUACAAAGUAUCUAUUUUUUACAAGUGUAUAGCACAUGUGUCAAUUUUUUUUUUUUUUUUUUUUGGAAAAAAGUUUACAUUUGUGACUGUUUCUGAGGAGGACAUGAGGGAGAGAAGAUGACUCUUGAUAUAUAUUUUACGUGUGUAUCUGUUUUAACCAUGGCGCCGAGACAUGGCCGCCUUGCGAACCUGAGCGCUCAGCUGGCCUGUACCCGAGAAAGAGAAGCAGAUGCACGUGCAAAAUGCAAAGGAAUAGCAGCGGAAGAAUUUAAACAACCGAAGCAUCUGUCGAAGGGUCGAAAUCCCAGUGAUCGACCGAACGUGCCCAGAAACAUCAAGGAUGUGCUAUCGGUCGUGAAACACCAACAGAUCCCGCUGCGAAGGAGCCGACCUGAGCCGCCGCCCGCGCCCGGACUCGGCGACCGUUCCUCUGGAGAAGCGCGUCCCGUCGCGGAACGCCAGCUCAGAAAUCUGUGCCUUCUAACCCCGCCCAUCGCUGCUUUUUCGAAACGCGGUUCGCGUUUGAAAUGUCCGCGAUGGAACAAUCGAACGAGUUCGUACAGCACCGAGGGGGGUUCUGCCGCACCGCGCCAGAACAGAACCGGGCUUCUCGUCUGCGACACAAGAACCUACGGAGAAACGAUAUGGAGGAGUUAUGGCUUUUAUAUGGGGGAUAAAUAAAGUGAGUGUGGAAGCUUCCCUCCAUGUGCAAUAUCAGUCAGUCAUGUUAGUGUACCGUUGUCAUGUGGAAGUAGACAUUUGGAUGACUGUGCUCCGUUUAUUUUUGUAAUAACUGCAUUUUUCCUAACUUAUAUUUUUCUAAAAAAAAUGAUGAAGUCCCACCCAGGGAAGGGAGAAGGGGGGUUUAUUAAGCAUGCACACUGCGGAAGCGCGGUCGUGGUUACUGCACACACGGCCGUGGCUACAACCCGGUCCUGGUUACAGCACAGCAUGGUCCUGGUUACAGCCCGGUCGUGGCUACGGUAUGGUCCUGUUUGUACAUUCGGCUGCGGAAAAGAGGGUCUGGAUAUUAACUAACGUGCUACUCUUCCGGUCUGCGGACGGCCAAAACCACUGUCCCGGCACGCGGCUGGUGUGCCCGCCUCGAGAUUUGGACAUUCCCAGAGCGUGGUCAUGGCUUUGCUUCUGGGCGAGAGUAACUCUGCACGUGGGAUGCGCUGGCGAAUGUGGGCCACCGUGCUUUUCUACUCUCAAAGCAUUCGCACUGCUCUGAUUGGGCAGACACUGCCCCCACAACGGAACAUGACUGGAACCAUACUGUUUUUUGAUUGAUUGGUUGUUUUUGUGUCCAUACCGAGGCCAAUCAGAAGCAGGCUAUGGUCUGCACAGAGAAAGGCAUCAGGCCCCACAUCAGGGAAACAGAAUCCGCGUAGGUCAUCAGCCAUUUUGAGAGGCUCAAACUUAUCUACCUAUGUGGCCUGUUUUUUUUUUUUUGUUUGUUUUUUUCUUUGUCGGAAGGUCAAGUUAUUUCUUAAUUUUCCUGUAUUUCAAGACAUUCCUUGUGUGUGUGUGUGUGUGUGUGUGAGAGAGAAAGAGAGUAUGUGUUUGAAUGGUUGGUUGACUAGUUUGAUUUAGAUGUUUUGUCCCAAUUCCUUUACCUUUUUGGCUGCUAUAUCGUUGUGCUGUGUUGAUGGAAUGCAUCCAUACCCAUUAAGAGAUGUGAGCACAUUUCAUUAAUUCCUUGAAAAUCUGUCUUAAAUAAAUUUCAUAAAUAAUGA